CGCAGUCAACGUCAAAUAGCAACGCGCGAGUGGCGGAGUGGUAGUUCUCUUCAAGGUGCAAAAAGAGGUUAGGUUCGCUUGCGGCGAUGGCGGCGAUAAAGGGCCUGGGUAGGAAUAUCCCCUACUUGAGGCAACAGGCUGCAGCUCUCCUGGGCAACACCAGCACCAGUGUCAAAUUCAUCUGCGUAGUGGUACUGUUCUCAUAUUGCUUAUCUUUUUCCGAAGAAGCGGUGCGCAUCCUGAGCGUAACGCCAGGUUACCUGCUGCCGCCGGUCUUUUGGUUCUGGACGGCCUUCACCUUCUGCUUCCUGGAGAUACACUUUUGGGAAGUAUGCGUGGACAUCGUCACCGUCGGUCUGUGUGGUAAACUAAUCGAGCCCCUGUGGGGCGCCUUCGAGAUGAUGACAUUCUUUGCCAUUGUCAACUUCGGUGUCGCAGUGCUCUCGUCGCUCUUCUAUCUGUUUCUCUACAUGUGCACCAGCAAUCCGGACCUACUCUUUAACAUACACAUACAUGGCUUGACUGGCUACAUUGCAGGAGUUGCAGUGGCAGUAAAGCAAAUAAUGCCAGAUCAUAUCUUAAUCAAGACGCCUAUUGGAAAGAUCACAAAUAGAAAUAUACCUUUAAUGGUCUGGAUUGUUGGAUUGAUAUUAUGGCUUAUUGGAUUGCUGGAAGGUACUCAUCCCACUAUGUUUCUCAGCGGAUUGUUGAUAUCAUGGAUAUAUCUGAGAUUUUAUCAAAAACAUAACAACGGUAGUCGAGGAGACAUGGCGGACAACUUUACAUUUGCAAGUUUUUUCCCAAAUGUCUUACAACCGCCAAUAGCGUUAGUAAGUAAUACUAUACAUGGAUUUUUUGUGCGUAUUGGACUUUGCCGAAAAGUAGUCAGAAGAUUCGACAUGUCCAAUACACCACCCGGCUUGGUUAUCAAUCUUCCUGGUAUUGAUCCUCACGAUAGCGAACGACGUAGGCAAAUAGCAUUAAAAGCGCUGAGCGAAAGGUUAAGCAGAGAUCAUGCGAAACCUUGGCAACCAGACAGAGCUAAGAAACACUCUCCCAUUCCUCCGGCAGUUUCCAUACCAAUACCCGACUCCGCCACACCUAAACCACUCGCGUCUCCGCUUAUUCCACAAGUCAAUGUCAAUAUACAUAAUCAUCCCACUAGUAAUACGUGAUUAUACGAGACUGACUGAUUUCAAUAGGUUUAUAAAUUAUAUUGAAAAUCUUCUCCGAAGAGUAAACAUAAGUAUGUAAGGCGGAUUUAUAAUAUGGCUAUAUUCAAUAAUGGGUCUAAAUCUUAUUUUUUUAAUCAUGUAUCUAUGGAUGAAACACGUUAUCACUGAUUUACCUCAUGCAUAAUCUACGUAUCAUAUUUACGACAUGAAUAUAUUUCAAAGAAAAUUAACAGUGCAUAUACAUAUGUACUGUAAUAAGACUCGAUUUAUUGACAGCAUUUAUGUGUAUACACUGAUAAAUAUUAUUUAUAUAUGAAUAUUUUGUGUAAAAAAACCUAUAUACACUCAAUUGUUCACAUUUCUGAAAAUUGGAAAGAAAACUCCAAUGUCAUUCUAAGUUGCUAGCUGUUCUUAUAUAAGUAUGAAAUGCAAGUUUUAACUUUUUGUCAUUUCCAUGCUCUGAGAGGUGAUAUUCAAUACAAUACACAAAAUACUCCUUUAACAUAACAAUCAUCUAAGUAGAAGAAAUAUACUGCCAUUUAAAAAGAAAUCAAAUUAUCUAAUAAACAGAAAUGUCAUAAUUUUUUUAUAUUAUAGUCGACAAAUUUUUCGUGAAUUAAAAUAUCACUGCUAUCGCGCUUUGUACAACAAAUUAUCAAAUUUCACAUAAUACUCCUUAUUGAUUAUCAUGCCAUAUUAAUGCCGAUUUAAAGAAUAUAAUCUUUAGAAAAUUUUAAAGAACAUAAAAAACAAAAAUAACUUGCAUCUUACGAUGCUAUUUUCCAAGAAACGAAACAGUGUUCUCACUAAGUUAUGUAAAAAUCAAUGAAUGAAUGACAUAAACACAUUUUAAUAUCUCCAUAAAAAAACCUCAUAGAUUUACUUACAAUGCUAUACGAUGCAUUGUUCUAUCAAAAAGUCCGAUGACGUUUUAAUAAUAACAUAUAACAAAUAGAUGCUUUCAGUGCAAUAUAUGCAAAACGAUAUGAUUCUGUCAGAAAAAAUUUUGCAGAAAGUGAACAGAGAUUUAAUGUCUUAUUUCAUAAUGAAUUUUGUAUCAUUAAAAAUACAUUUAGAAUACUUGCUGUGAAUUUGCACGUGUACAUGUUGAAGUCAGAUAGUUUCUAUAAAGAUGCAGAAAGUUCUACUUUUACAUUUCAAUCUAAACAUAUAUAUUUUUUCAACAAAAUGUUCUAAAUUAUUAUAAUCGAUAUAAUAUAUAACAUUCUCAUUUAUCACAAGUUCUAUUUUUAUUGGAAUCUCUAACUUUAGUUAUAUAUCAAGACGUAUAAAAAUUUCAGUUUUAAAUAGUAAUUCUCUCCUAUAUAAUUUCAUUUCGUAUACAAUCGCUUAUUUCAUAUAAGUGUAUAUUUCAUGUUAUAAAAAAGCAUAAUAUAUUUUUCAUUCAUUCAUAGAUACAUUCGUAUAUACAUAAACGGAAGUGCGUGGGAAAGAUAGUUUAAUAAUUAUAACUAUAACGAAUAAUGAAAUGAAAUGAAAUGUAUAUAAUUCCACGAUAUGCAGCGAGUUUGUAAAUAUAAUAAAGAUUGAUGUAUUAAAACGUAAAGGGAACAAGAUAUUAAAAAGGGGGCAGUGAUUAUAGCGAUAUAUAUAUAUAUAUAUAUAUAUUUAAUGGAACGAAAUUAAGAACUAUUUUUAUGUAUGGUGUAAUAAAAUUUUGAAAGUAGAACGCGAGUAAGAACGCGAAUGCGUGUUCUGAGUAAUUUUGACCUUCUAUUUAUGCAGUAUGAUUGAUAAAUCUUUUAAGUACUUUUAUUACGAGUAUUUAGUCAAUUAAUAUUUAUUACUGUAAAUACUGAAAAAUGGAAGGCCAAAAUUAUUUGAAUAAAUGGAGACGAAUGCUUGCUGAAUUCACACGAAGCAUGUUUUAAGAAUCUAAUGUAUAAUAAUAAUAAUUAUAUAUAUGUACAUGUUAUAUAUAUAUCAUUAGUUUUGUACAUAAGUUACAACCGUUACAAUCUGUACAAUAUUAAAUUCUACCGACAAAAUA